UAUGGCUCCUAUCUCACCCUUCAAUUCUAAUCCUAACGUCAAUUUGACAGCAAAAUUCCCCAUGGAACCCACUCAGUCAGAUUCAAACUUGUGCUAAAACGCAUGACAAAACAAGCAAGCAAUACUCUAUUUCUUGGGAUCAUGAAUUCAAAGUAUAAGUGAGGUUAAAUCUGUAAUCUACUCCAUCUUACUUAUAGACCUCCACGUCACACGGGUUCAUACCUUCACAGGCUGGCAAAACAAGAGACGAGUCAAAAACAUCCGCGUGGAAAUAUCAUCAUCCUCUUCUCCCCUCACAGCUGUCUCCUCCAACCGGGUAUAUAAAUACCCCCAUUCAGUUUCCAAUUCAAUUCGUGUUUAAAUCCAAACUCACAUUCAAAUUCUCCGCUCUCACUCUCUCUUUCUCUCUUUCAAAUCCUAAAAACUUAAAGCAAACUUAUUGGAUUAUGAACAUGGCUUCUAAUUACAGAAUUGCCAUAACUUUCUCUGCAGUGUUAACCCUCCUUGUACUUUUACCCACACUCACAGUGGGAGAGCUUGUACAAGAACAGCCACUAGUGCUUAAAUACCAUAACGGCCAACUCCUUAAAGGACGCAUCACCGUUAAUCUCAUUUGGUACGGAACAUUCACCCCAAUCCAACGAUCAAUAAUCGUCGAUUUCAUCAACUCUGUAAGCACCACCGGUGCGCCUCUUCCAUCAGCCGCGGCAUGGUGGAAAACCACCGAGAAAUACAAGGUAGGAUCCUCUGCGCUAGUUGUAGGGCAACAGUUCCUGCACCCUGCUUACACCCUUGGGAAGAAUCUAAAAGGAAAGGAUCUUCUUAGUUUAGCCACCAAGUUCAACGAAAUUUCUUCUAUAACCGUUGUUCUUACAGCCAAAGACGUCAACGUUGACGGUUUCUGUAUGAGUCGCUGCGGAACCCACGGCUCUGUUCCACGUGGCAGCGGUGGAGCAAAAACCCCUUACAUAUGGGUUGGAAACGCGGAGACACUAUGUCCCGGACAGUGCGCGUGGCCUUUUCAUCAGCCUAUUUACGGGCCACAGUCACCGCCGCUGGUUGCACCUAAUGGCGACGUAGGUGUUGACGGAAUGAUCAUCAACUUAGCCACGCUUUUGGCCGGUACUGUCACGAAUCCCUUUAACAACGGAUACUUCCAGGGACCGGCGACGGCGCCGCUAGAAGCAGUUACGGCUUGUACGGGGGUUUUCGGUAGUGGAGCCUACCCGGGUUAUGCGGGUCGGGUUCUUGUUGAUGGGACUACUGGUUCGAGUUAUAAUGCGCACGGUGCUAACGGGAGGAGGUAUCUUCUGCCCGCAAUGUGGGACCCGCAGACUUCAGCAUGCAGAACUCUUGUAUAAAGAGGGGACCAUGAAUGGACACGUGCCGUGAUAUGGUGUAUCGGGUUGUAUAGAUAUAUAUGAUGGGUUGAUAAAUACGAGAGCAGAUGAAUGCUCUCUGGGACUGACUAGGAGGGGUGUGUGUGUUUUUAUAUAUUCAUCUAAUACAUUGUUCAACUAGUGUAUUAAAUCGUUUAUAAAGAUUGUAAAUGUACCGUAAACAUUGAGGUAUGUAAAAAAGUUUUAAUAAUUUUGUU